UAUUACAUGAAUUCAUCAGAUGAAGACUAAUUAUUUGAAAACUCCCGUGAUCACACUACAGAUUAAUUAAGUGAACAAAUUAAUUAAUUGAACUAGAUUAUUUUAUUAAUUCCGUGUGACUUUUAAAAGUCUUAGAGAUUCUUAAGUUUAGAAAAAUUAAAAGAUAAUUUUAUGUUCAAUUAUGUCUAAUGCGCGGCAGGUGUGGUAACUUUUCAUAAACAAUUUUAAAUGUAAAAACAACUCGGUAUAAUAUCGCAAAAAAAAAAAAAAAUGAUCGUAUCGCAGAUGUACUUGCCGCACUGAUGAAGUUUCUUUACAAUUACGUCACCAUUUCUCUGUUAAUCGCUAAAUACUGUUUAUGUCAAGAUCCUAGUGUACAAAACAACAAAGAUGGCGGAAAAGAAACGGAUGCUUCAGCUUUAGAUGAAAUCAUCAGAUUCAACAACAUUAGUUUGCAAGCUGAGCAUGCUGUGGAACACAACAGAAGCACACCAAAUAAAUUUCUUUUACACGAAGAUGCUCAAAACUUAAAAAACUUGUCGGAAGGAGAUCUUUUGUUGGAUAAGAAAGAUAAAGAACUAAUAAGUGAAAAUAUGAACGCAGAAAAAACGAAUGAGAACUUGUCGUCGAAGCGAAGCAUGAUACCUUACGCAAGAAAAUUAUGGAUCUCAAGAACGGUCCCGUACAUUAUUAACCAUCCAGGAACAAUACGCCACUCAGCUACUGGUGUGCGCAAAGAAAUCGCCAAAGCUCUGAACACACUUUCUUCAAAAAGUUGCAUCAAAUUUCGUGAAAGAAGAAGCGAUGAUCAAAACUGGAUAGAAUUCAUGAGAGGUUCAGGAUGUUACUCAGGCAUUGGAAGAAAAUAUUGGGAUGUGAAAGCAACCGAAAUUUCGUUAGGAGAUUACUGCGUCCACCAGUCUAUCAUUAUCCACGAAGUUCUACACGCGUUAGGAUUUUUUCAUGAACAGUCAAGGCCUGAUCGCGAUUCGUUUGUUAAUAUCUAUUGGAAUAACAUGUUAUCGAACAUGGCGAGUAACUUUGAAAGACACAUUUCUUACGAUGCUACGAUACAAGAUACGCCCUAUGAUUACAAAAGUCUGAUGCAUUAUGGGAAGACAUCCUUCACAAUGAACGGCAAGGUGACAAUCGAAGCAAAGUUUGAUAAAAACCAACCGUUAGGUGGCACAGUGAUGACGUAUUGGGACGAAGCCGAAUUAAACAAAAUGUAUCAGUGCAAAAAAGACGACGCGUCUGUCCAAAAGGAUGCGUGGUCAACUUGGGGAGAAUGGACACCAGACUGUUUCACAUAUCGAAACCAAGGCUGUUAUCAAAUACGACAGAGAUUUUGCAUGUCUUCAGAUUUCAGUAGAUGUCCAAAAGCUGAUGGAUUUGGAGUUGAGGACCAUUUAGAGGAAUGUCCAGCUGUGAAUUGCACAAUUGAGUUACUGCAACCACACUGGGGAAACUGGGCACCAUAUAACAAAUGUUCAAGAACUUGCGGUGAUGGCAUUCAAACAAGGUCACGUGUGUGUAAUAAUCCACCACCAGCUUAUGGAAUGCAGUGUAAGGGUCAUAAAACACAGACCAACCUCUGCAGAAUGCGCAAAUGCAAACCAGUUGAGCUAGACACAGACUUUGAAUCAAAAGGUUUUGGUGCAUGGAGACAAGAUUACCAGGAGAAAAUGAACUGGAAACUUACAUAUGGUCCAACGCCAAACGCAGAAAGUGGACCGGACUACGAUCACACAACAGGUGGAGCGUAUUUUGAACAAUCGUCUCGCCGCAAACCGGCUGGUGCAUCAGGGAGGUAUGCGUACCUCUCAGCAACUGAUCAAUUCUAUCACAAUGGUCAAGUUGGUCGAUUAAUCAGUAAUAAAAUCUCUGCAAACAAAGAUGGAAGAUGCGUCACAUUUUACUAUCAAUUAAAUGGAAAAAAUAUCAACUACUUGGAUUGGUACAUAAAAAUUGUCGACAAGCAAGAGUUUUAUACGUACUGGCAGAGAAACGGGCACCAAGGAAACUAUUGGCAACGUGGCGCCUUUUCUAUCCCACCCAGAGGUGACCCAUACGAGAUUAUAGUCGAGGGAAAACUGGGUUUGGCUCCGCAUUCAGAUAUCGCAAUUGAUGACAUACAAGUGGACAAGGGAACCUGCAUCGCAGGAAGCGAAGCCUGUUUUGAUUUCAUCAUAGGUUGUUUUGAUUAUUAUAAAUAUUGUGAAUACUGGCGAUUACAUGGCGAAUGCUACAAGAAUUAUCGAUGGAUGUUAAGAAGUUGUUGUGCAACUUGCUCGGGUAUGAGUGAUUGUCAAAACAAAUACAAUGAACAACAGUGUCAGAUUUGGGCUUCUGUAAAUGAAUGCAAGAAAAAUCCGAUGUGGAUGUGGCAAAACUGUUGCAAAGCGUGCAAAAGUUGCACAGAUCAACACGUUUACUGCAGUUAUUGGGCUGGUGUAGGUGAAUGUGAAAAGAGUGAAUGGAUGAAGAGACACUGUAAAAAUUCGUGUGAAAAGUUUUUUAUUACGACCAGGGAGCAUUGUCCUGUACAAGGAAAUGCUUGCCAAAAUCAAUUUUCAAUUAUAUCAAGUCAAAAACUUUCAAAGGCAGACUGGAAUUUUAUCGAAUCAACAUAUAUAAACCCUGACACUUGUACAGCACGCUUAAAGAUAGGCCAAGUUAACAUUAAAUAUAAACAAUGCAAACUAACUCCAAUGUACAAUAUUAUUGAACAUAACAAAAUACAGAUUAACAAAAACGCUGUCAUAUAUUCAUACAUAGAUAAAGCAUUACAACAGCUUACAGAGGAAAUACGCAGAAACUCUAGUUAA